UAUAUACUCCUCCAUCACCCUCUUCUUCCUCUUCAUUAUAUCAUCCCUUUUCUCUGUCUCUCAUUCCCCUUUUUCAGAAUCAAUUCUUACCAAACCCCUUAUUUCUCUCUCACUUUCUUUUAUUACACAGAUCCCUCACUGUACACAUACAAACAUCUAUAUCUAUAUAUCACCCCUCAAAUAUUUCACACUAUUUCUUCAAAUCCUCAUUAUUUCUUGAAUCUUUCCCUACUUUAAUCAUCACUUUUUCACUUGUUUAGUCCACUCCUAAGCCAAUGUAUCAUAAAGUUAGGAUUUUUACAUCUAACUUGUUGUUCUAGCCUACUGUUUUGUGGUUUUAAUUCAAUUAGACUUUAGGGUUUCAAUCUUUUUGUUAAUGGGGUAUUCAAAGUUCUUGAAAGUUUCAAUCUUUAUUGGUAGAUUGAGCUUAAUAUUUGUUGUUUUGCUUUGAUACAGUAUUUUAUAUGACCCAUGUAUGUAUAAUUGAUUAUGUGCUUGUAAUUUUGGGAUCAGAUGUUUUGGGGUUAAUUAUUUGAUUAUUGGACAGGUGGGUUAGUGUGAUCGUUUAUUAAUAUUGCUUUUCUUGUUGGAUCUGAAAUGAUUUACGGCUUUCAAGAUCAUAUAGUGUGUUAGUUUUUGUUAGUUGUAUAAGAGUGAGAAACUGGGUUUUGAUUGUUUAUCUGGGGGAUAAUUUGAUUUGGUUGAUAUGGAUCAUGUUGUUGGUGGCAAGUUUAAGCUUGGGAGGAAAAUUGGAAGUGGAUCAUUUGGGGAACUUUAUUUAGGAGUAAAUGUGCAAACCGGAGAAGAAGUUGCUGUUAAGCUGGAAUCAGCCAAGACCAAACAUCCUCAGCUCCACUACGAGUCUAAGUUAUACAUGCUACUCCAAGGGGGAACCGGUAUACCUCAUCUCAAGUGGUUUGGAGUUGAAGGGGAAUACAAUGCGAUGGUUAUUGACCUUCUUGGACCAAGUCUAGAAGACUUGUUUAACUAUUGUAACCGCAAGUUUACACUUAAAACAGUGUUGAUGCUUGCAGAUCAGUUGAUAAAUAGAGUUGAAUAUAUGCACUCAAGAGGUUUUCUUCAUCGUGAUAUAAAGCCUGAUAAUUUUUUAAUGGGGUUAGGGCGAAAAGCAAAUCAGGUGUAUGUAAUUGAUUAUGGCCUUGCUAAAAAGUUUAGGGAUCUUCAAACACACAAGCAUAUACCCUACAGGGAAAACAAGAAUCUGACAGGAACAGCUCGGUAUGCCAGUGUUAACACCCACCUUGGAGUUGAGCAAAGCAGGAGGGAUGAUCUGGAAUCUCUGGGUUAUGUGCUUAUGUACUUUCUGCGUGGAAGCCUUCCUUGGCAGGGACUAAAAGCUGGCACAAAAAAACAGAAGUAUGACAGAAUAAGUGAGAAAAAGAUGCUAACUCCAGUAGAGGUGCUUUGCAAAUCUUACCCAUCGGAAUUUAUAUCAUACUUCCAUUACUGCCGUUCCCUGCGGUUUGAUGACAAACCAGAUUAUUCAUAUAUGAAGAGGCUUUUCCGUGAUCUUUUCAUUAGAGAAGGGUAUCAGUUUGACUAUGUAUUUGAUUGGACCAUAUUAAAGUAUCCACAGAUUGGUUCCAGUUCAAAAUCACGGCAGCCAAGUGGGAAAUUACCUUUAAAUCCUGGACCCACUAUAGAUAGAGCAGAAAAGACACCAGUGAAGCGAGAGAUGAGAGAUCGAUUGUCUGGGGCAGUUGAGGCGUUUGCUAGACGGAAAGGUUCUAGUUCUGGUGCUAAUCUGCGUGGUGAUCACUUAAGACACAGAUCUUCUGAUAAUGUACCUUCAUCAAAGGAUAUGCAAGCCGAACCAGUAAGAGGACGAGUUUCUCGAGCUGCUAGUGCUUCAAAGAGGGCAGUCGCAUCAAGCAGUCGGCCUAGCUCCUCUGGUGAACCCAGUGAAAACAGGCUAAAUCGACUGGGAUCAGGCAGUGGUCGUCUGUCGACCACCCAAAGGAUCCAACCUGGUUUUGAGCCAAAGCCAUCAUCCUUUACCCGAGCCUUACCAUCAAGAGGUGGCCGUGAUGAUGCUCUCCGGAGCUUUGAGCUGCUUACCAUUGGCUCGGGAAAGAGGAAGUAAGUGUUGCAAUCUGUUUGCAUCUUUACUGAGCCAGUAUGUUUCUUUUUACUUAUCAACAUCUCCAAGGACCCUCCGAGCACCAUGGUAUCUUUACUAUUCCAACGAAAAAUAAAUUUGAACUCGUUUCAUGUUCAACUGUUUUUUCCUGAGAAAUGUAGCAAAUAUGUAUUACAAAUUACAUUGAGGAUUGCACAAGUAUACAUGUGCCAAGAUGUGAACAAGAUAAUUAUAAGAACUACUGAUGAAAUACAUGACACAAGUGAUAAACUUAAUUGCUUGUUCUUUUUCUACA